ACGGGUCCCCAGGCGGAGGGAGAGCGAGAGCGCUUGAGCCCCCGGGCGCAGGACUGAGGGAACGACGGGUGGCGGCGGCGGCUGAGUGAGGGCGGCGGCGGGAGGAAGGAGCGGCGGCGGCGCGUGUCAUGGCGGAGCUGGCGCAGGGCCCGAACGCGGCGCCCGUCGGGGGGAUGAAGGCCGAAGGCUUCGCCGACGCGCUGCACCGCGUCCGCCAGAUUGCUGCUAAAAUUGGAGAUAUUCCCCAUUUGAAUAAUUCCACGCCACUUGUGGAUCCCUCAGUCUACGGUUACGGAGUACAAAAACGGCCCCUGGAUGAUGGAAGUCUUCGUUUAAGUUGGCUCCAUGGAGCACAGAUAAGAGAGACCCAGAGAAUAGGUAACCAGUUAGGGGCCCUGGUACAUCAAAGGGCAGUAAUAACUGAAGAAUUUAAAGUGCCUGACAAGAUGGUUGGAUUCAUUAUUGGCAGGGGCGGUGAGCAGAUCUCCCGGAUCCAGGCAGAGUCAGGCUGCAAAAUUCAGAUUGCUCCAGAUAGUGGCGGGAUGGCUGAGAGACCCUGUGUGCUCACUGGGACACCAGAGAGCAUUGAACAAGCGAAACGGCUACUGGGACAGAUUGUGGACCGCUGUCGGAACGGGCCUGGCUUCCACAAUGACGUGGAUGGCAACAGCACAAUCCAGGAGAUCCUCAUCCCGGCAUCCAAAGUGGGCCUGGUCAUCGGCAAAGGUGGAGAGACGAUAAAGCAGCUGCAGGAACGAACAGGCGUGAAAAUGAUUAUGAUCCAAGAUGGCCCUUUACCGACUGGAGCGGAUAAACCUCUUCGGAUUACUGGAGAUGCUUUUAAAGUACAGCAAGCGAGAGAGAUGGUACUGGAAAUCAUCCGAGAGAAAGAUCAGGCAGAUUUCCGCGGUGUACGCAAUGACUUCACCUCCAGGAUGGGAGGAGGCAGCAUAGAGGUGUCUGUGCCCAGGUUUGCUGUGGGAAUCGUAAUAGGAAGAAAUGGAGAAAUGAUUAAAAAAAUCCAGAAUGAUGCUGGCGUUAGAAUUCAGUUUAAACCAGAUGAUGGGAUUAGUCCAGAACGAAUCGCACAGGUUAUGGGUCUUCCGGAUCGGUGUCAACACGCAGCUCACAUAAUCAAUGAGCUCAUUCUCACCGCACAGGAACGUGAUGGUUUUGGAAGCCUCGCUGUGGCCCGGGGGAGAGGCCGUGGUCGUGGGGACUGGAGUGUCGGGACUCCUGGAGGCGUGCAGGAAAUCACCUACACGGUGCCAGCUGAUAAGUGUGGCCUGGUCAUUGGCAAAGGUGGCGAGAACAUCAAGAGCAUAAACCAGCAGUCUGGAGCCCAUGUGGAACUCCAAAGGAAUCCACCUCCCAACACAGACCCCAAUGUACGGGUAUUCACCAUUCGGGGAGUUCCCCAGCAGAUCGAGCUUGCAAGACAUCUCAUAGAUGAGAAAGUUGGUGGUACCAGCCUGGGGGGUCCUGGAGGCUUUGGUCAGAGCCCCUUCAGCCAGCCACCUGCUACUCAUCAAAAUGGGCCUCAGGCGUUCAUGACGCAGAGUUGGGGUGGCACCUAUCAGACGUGGCAGCAGCCUGGACAGCAGGUUCCAAGUCAACAGACCCAGCCGCAGAACAGCCAACCGGAUUACAGCAAGGCGUGGGAGGAUUAUUACAAGAAACAGAGUCACGCCGCUACUGCUGCUUCUCAAGCAAGCUCCCAGCCAGACUACACAAUGGCCUGGGCAGAGUAUUACAGACAGCAAGCGGCAUAUUACGGGCAGACAUUAGGGCAAGCUCAGGCCCACAGCCAGGAGCAGUAGGACAACGUCUGUGUGACUUUUUUUUUCCUCCUCACCCCCUUCUCUUUCUCUUGGAAUCAAUGUGGAAGUAAACCUUUUUGUAACAGAGGUUUCUAGAUUUGCAGCAUUUUGAUGAAGACUUUUUGUUUGUUUUUUUGUGAAACACUAGUUGUUAGGAUAAUCUAUACUGAACUUUUCUAAGAAUCAGGAACAAUUAGUAAUGUACUAAACUUCAUGGACAUGCUGGGUAAUUUGGGGGGCUAAUUUUCUUCUCCCCCCCCCCCUUUGGCUUUUUUGUUUCCAAAUUUGUAAGGAAAAAAAGAGAGAAAAACAAAGCAAAUCUCUGGGAUUCUUUUUGGAGGGAAGCCAGAGUACAGCCGGCACCAAAAUGUACCCCAGAGCUGUGACAUUUCAACAAGUGGGUUUUGUGUGUUUUUCCCCCUUCCUUGUGUUUUUAAUUUUAAAUCUUUUCUGUUGUAACAGAAAGAGGCUUGGAAGUCUUAGGUGGUAUGUAACAAAUUCUAAAAAAAGAUAAAUUUUUAAAAAACAGUAUUUAAAUAUUCUUAAAUAUGUAAAUUCAUUAAAUAUUUUACUUCUAAUUUCUUGUAUCUUGGCUGUCUUUUGAUUUUAUUGCAUUUUUUAAAAAAAACUGAAUUAUGGUAUGUAUUGUAAUUAUGUGACUUUAUCAAGGCAGUUGCUGUCUUGCUGUCAGGCAGGUUAUUGAGGGGGGGAAUUUUGUAGGGGUUGUAUAAUUUCUAGAGAUCUAAAGGGUUAAUAUAAAAAACUGUUUAAUUUUUUAGCGAUACUAUUUUUUUCCAUGUCUCCGUUGUUGGUUGCAUUUGUGUAUCUAAGACCUCCAAGCUCGUCUUAAAAAAUAGAAAAAAAACAAACAAAAUACCUUUUGUCUAUUUCAGAAAUAAAUACUGUUAUUUUUAAUAUUAAGAAGAAACUGCUAUUAGUACCUUUAACAAACACUGUGGAACAUUAAAACAUAUAAAAUAGUAGUAGCUAUUUUUUAAUUCCAGGGUGUGUGUUGGCUUUCUCCCCCCAUCAUUUGUUUCAGUUUUGUUUUUUUUUCUUUUUAAGUAUUUUCUUACCUUAAUAUUUGUCAAAAUUUACCUAGAGAAAUAAAAUGAAAAUCUAGUAUUAACCACAGGUAUGCGCUAAAUAAUUUUUUUGAUUUAAUAAAAGGGAUAAUAUGGUUUCCAAUGUUUACUGUAGUGUUUUCUUGUACAGAUAACAGUGUAUUUUUAAAGGAGAAAAAAAACCCAGAAGUAAAGCUAUUUUUUCUUGACAUUUUUAAUUGACCUCCUGGGACAUUCCGUUUUGAAAUGUACUGAAGUGACUGUUCUAAGAUCCUCCCCCCCCUUUAUUUCUUUAUAAUGCUUGAAAUGUCUAACUAUACAGAGACACAAUUGGAUAAUGUUGAGCAUGAUGUGUUUUAAACAAAGAAAUUGUUCUUUUUAUUUGACUGACAGUUGCAUUUUACACUCUCUCUAUAAUAAAAAAAAUCCCACAAGGUGUCUUGUGGGUUUAAGUAUUAAA